GGCAGGUGACACCGAGUUAGGUUCCCCAUCCCCAGUGUGCUUGGCAGCUUCCUUCUCGCCUGCUGCCCACGGAGGCACGGCUGUGAGGGAAGAUAAAGGAGAUAGGGACUCUAUAAAUACCCAGCGCGAGAGCGCGCGCCCCAGAGCCCUGCGAGCCCCGGCGAGGGACGGCCAGACACCGGCGCAGCGCUCAGCCUUUAGCAAGCAGCGACCAUGCACGUGAAUGGCAAGGUGGCUCUGGUGACUGGCGCGGCGCAGGGCAUAGGCAGAGCCUUUGUCCAGGCACUGCUGGAGGAGGGCGCGAAGGUGGCUCUCGUGGAUCGGAACCUCGAAGCCGGUGAGGAGAGCAAAGCUGCCCUGGAUGAGCAGUUUGAAGCUCAGAGGACUCUUUUCAUUCAGUGCGAUGUUACAGAUCAGGAGCAACUGCAAGGUGCUUUUAAAAAAACAAUUGAACGUUUUGGAAGGCUGGAUGUUGUGGUUAAUAAUGCUGGAGUGAAUAAUGAAAAGGACUGGGAAAGCACUAUACAAAUUAAUUUGACUUCUGUGAUCAGAGGAACAUACAUUGGUCUGGAAUACAUGAGAAAAGGAAAUGGAGGGGUAAUUAUUAAUAUAUCAUCUCUGGCAGGACUCAUGCCUGCUGCACACCAACCAGUGUACUGUGCUACAAAGCAUGGCAUAAUUGGAUUCACCCGGUCUAUAGCUAUGGCGGCUCAAAUGGGAAAUUAUGGCGUGCGACUAAAUACAAUUUGUCCAGGUUUCGUUAACACACCAAUUCUUCAGUCUAUUGAUAAAGAAGAAAAUAUGGGACAAUAUUAUGAAUACAAGGAUGAGAUCAAAGAUAUGAUGAAGUUCUAUGGUGUUAUGGACCCAUCGCUAAUUGCCAAAGGACUGUUAAUGAUCAUUGAAGAUGAUGCUUUAAAUGGAGAGGUUAUGAAGAUUACAGCAUCCAAGGGGAUUCAUUUUCAAGAAUAUAGUGCACUUCCUUUUCAAUCAGGAAGGCUAUAAAUAUUAUUCUGUUAUCUUGGCUCUAAAUUAAUGUAAAAAUGUGUUUUAAACAAUUUUUUUUAAAAGACAAAUGUUGUUUGUGUCCAAAGAAUGACAUGAUUUGAAAUCUUUAAUGCAAUAAUGUACAGUAAUGUAGUAAUAUGAUUUCUUACUUUGAUUUUAAAAGCUACUGUUAAUAUUCUUUAUUUGGUAGAAUAAGCAUAUUGCUCAAAAGAUAUUCAAUGAUGCAGUAAUAAGGGUCAGAUUCUGCCCAUUGGUAAUUAUAUGCUUGUGGCAGGCUGUUCCCCUCCUGACCUAGUGUGGCACUGCAGGCACCCCUUGCUUCAGUUGCCCUUCUGUCAGGACUCUUAGGAACGUCACACAGCUCAAAAGGGCAUAAGACAAAAUUCCCCUACUGGGAUUCUACUUUAUUAAAUACAAAUAAACUUGAAAUAGAAAAUCUCCCCUGGGCUUCAGUAAUCACACAGCCCUCCUCCUUGGGGCUUGUUCCCUCUCAGUCCUGGCCUCUCUGGCCUGUAGUCUCUCCCACUGGGUUCAGGGUUGCACAGCCCUCCUCCUUGGGGCCUAUGUUUUUCUGGGAGCUUUCUCCCCCCUCCCCCGACACCUUCUCUUUGUGACCACCAUUGUGCAAUUGAGCCCUGAUGACCUUUAUAGGGCCCAGGUGCUGGUUAUUCAAUUAACUGCCUAGACAAGCCAUUACAUAUUGAUGUAAAAACAUUUACCAAGAAUAUAUUCUCACUUUGACUUCCAAUUCUUUUAAAACUUAAAAGAACUGAUGAAUGAACAGUAAAUGGCUAAAUAUUUAGCAGCAAGGGGUAACUAUAGGACAUCUGAUGAGAAUAAGGGUGCACUGCUGGCUCACAUGGAUACUUCCAAAAUGGAAGAACAGUACUUGCACAUCUUCCAGACACUUUGCACCUUCACAGCUUUUGAUAUUGCACCUUCCCUUGGGCAAAAUGGCCAUUAACUUCACUGCAAGGUUGAACAAAUUGAGAGCAUGAUCAGACCUUUAUUAUAUAUUUCUCUAAUUUGUGUAAUAAAUUGUGGAUGAAGAUAAUACUGUUAACUAUGAUAGGAGCAAUUCAUUAAGAUACUGUCUGACUAUGGAACAGAUGUUUUUAGGCAUACUGGGCAAAUUUACUAAUAGUGUAAACUAGCACCACUUGAUUCUCUUUAAUGAGAGAAUUUGUUUA